AUGGUGGCUGGAGUGAGUGGAACUCCUGGAGUAUCUGUACCAAGACAGUUGGUGGUAUACAAACAAGAAAGAGAGAAUGCACCAACCCAGAACCAAGACGUUGUGGGAAACACUGCGAUGGGACCGGAGCACUGUUGAGAGUAUGUAGCAACAUGUCCAGUUGCCAGGAAGGUAACAUACAAAUUGUAGCCUUUCUGAUUUCAGUUGAUGAAAACUUCUUUGUUGAAACAAAACUGAACAAAUUCAGGAAUAAAAGCUAGAAUAACAACAAAUGAAUGGAACUGCUGAGUUUGAACUUUAAUCACAUAAUCAUCCAGGCGAAGUAUGUGAAAUGCACAAUUUAUCAAAAGUCAGGAGUUCAUUAUAAGUCAGUAAUCCUUCAUAAAUGGACAAACUCUGUACAUGUACGGAAUUCACCAUGCUUUCUUGAAAGAAAUAAAACAAAUCUCCACUAUCAUUAGCACUAAAAUAUAGGUACUAAAAGAUUGCCGCAAGCUUUCCCUGAUAUUUGUGGUUGCUCUGUAAGAAGUCUGCGCAAUGGCGAUUACGAAUUUCGUUGGACUGCCCGUAAGCAAUACCUUUUUAGCUAAUCCGGUAUUGCUAACUAUCAUCUAAUGAUAAGAAACAUGUUCAAAAAUGCAAGGGCCUCAGUUACUAUAUAACGUUUUGGCAUUGACCUGCUGGCAAAGAAAAUCAUGUUAGCUAAACAGGAAAUUCUUCCACCAUAAACUGAAAAGAAAUCUUUCAACGAUGCAAGGACUACUGUUACUAGGUAAUUAUAUGGGGACAUCAUCAACACAAUAAUUUACCUAUGCUGGAGUAGUUCAUGUUGUUUAUCGUUAUCCUUAUUUAUCAAUUUUUUUUUUUGAUAUUUGAAGAAUUUCCCCUGCGUUUUGAAACAGAGAAGAACCCAUCUGUCGGUACAAUGGAGAUAUUCUCAAACAGCAGCUGGCAAAAGCUUUGUACCAGUCAAUGGGAUGAAGCAGAUGAAAAUUCAACCUGCAUGGCCAUGGGCUACUAUAACAACGGUGCUAAUGACACAUGGUACGCAGAACGUGGCAGUGCUACAGAGAUGUCCACCCACUACAACUGCACCAUUCCCACCAGAUGUCAAAGCGACUUGGAAAAGAAACAACAAUUUUGCAAAGGUAAUAAUGAAUUGCACUCAUGUAAUAUCCACAUGAUCUCCAGAGAUGGUAACUUGAUAGAUUUACUUACACUUCAGAUAUGAAAACUUUUCCGAGAUCAAUAAUUGUUCAUCUUCGGGUGUCUUUUACGUUCUAAAAGGUGUCUAUCGCUAAAAAUCUUGCGGGUUUCUACUGUUUACACCCUAAGACGAUUAUAGUUGAAUUACUGCCGAAAGAAGAACCUAGCUGCGCAGUUAUGCAUUUGGGUUUCAUGAACUUCAUAACCUCCAAACCCUUCACCAAGUCUCCUUAAAACUAUUGCAUCCUUCUAGUUUCCUUUUUCUCUCUCUUUCGUGCAACUAGGGAAUUUCACGAUUUUUCACUCUACUUAUACUCAACUAAACGCCUUUUUCUUGAUUAUUCCGUGGGAAAUGCUUUAAAAUGACUUUCUAGUUUAAAAUGUAAAUCACCCUUUUGUGUUCUCCGAAAGCAAAACGUUUUCAGGAAAAGAAAACACGUCUUGAAUGUUCCAAAAUUAUUGAAAAAACAUCUACUUUUACAAUUUAAAACGCAGUCACAAAUCAAUGCAAAAGAGGUUUGUCGUAAAACAUUGCAGCAAGGAAACCACUUCGUGACAACGAACGAUGCGGCCAACGUUCGAAUACUGAAUAAUUUGCACCCAGAAUUUCCCUUAAAACAAAACACUUAGACUGGCAUGAACUAUUUAUCAUUUCGUGAUUUAUAGGCAUUCUUGAUUCUUGAUAAUUAGUGUUUUCUAUCUUAACGAAUUGAACUUUUUGUAAUUUCAUAAGUUCCUGUUCGCUUGAAUGGCGCAAAUGUGGAGUAUGGAGGAAGAGUGGAAGUGUUUUACAAGGGAAAAUGGGCAAAGAUAUGUAGGAAUAAAUGGGACUUUGACGACGUCAAAGUUAUUUGUCGCCAACUUGGCUUUGAAGAGGCUUUGGCGGAAUUCAUUGGGUCAGACAUAAAGGCUGAGGGAAUACCUUUUGCAAUGUCCGAUGUCUCUUGCACCGGAGAAGAGUUUGAACUUGCAUCAUGCGAUCGCAUUGAUGGAAAGUUAAAUAUUCCACCUCAAUGUCAAUCGGAUGACAAGGGUUCUCAAGCGUUGUGUCAACCAAGUAAGCAACUAAAUUUUUAGGUCUGAUUAGUGAUUCUGGUUUUCGUGAGCUGUCUUUCUUCUUCUCAUUGACAUUCGAAAUCAGAGUAAAUUGAGAUACACAGAUGUAACGAAUUUACUUGACCUCCGAUAUUUCUGUCAAGAAAAUCCUUUGUUGACGACUUUCUUUGGAGUAAUGUAACUUAGUUUUAAGUACGAAAAAGUUAAAAAAUUUCUCAAGUUAAGCUUUAGUGCAAAUAAAUAUACUCAACUUUUUUAUCUCCUCUUGUGGUGUUAAUUACACAAAAUGUGACUUAUUUUGACAACAUCUUCCAAACCGAACCAUUUUUUUUUUGCAGAGAACAAGAAUGUGUUGGAAAGAGUUGAACUCUAUUUUGAUAUUGGUAGCGGAGAAAAGCUUCGCUGCUCUAUACACAAUGAAACCAAUUAUGCUAGAUGGGUCAUCAAUGGGGUAAAGCUUGAAAUAACAAACUCUACUUCUCAAAGGAUCAGGGCUGGAGACAAUGGUGAUCUGUUCAUCGAUGAUGUACAGCUGUCUGAUGGAGGAACAUAUGAAUGCCAGAGAUUGGAAUAUGUUCAAUAUUACAUUGUCUAUAUUAAUGGUAUGAAAACACAUCUUUUUAUCUUGUAGAAAUAGGCUUAACAUGCAUGACAAUGUCAUGUAAGACAAGUACACCUCUGACCUUUCAAAAGUGUAGCUAUAAUAUUAGUACUUUUCAUUACUCCUUUCAACAGCAAGAUUUACUGAGAAGACGUUGGACCAACAAACCGUUAUGGCGUACACGUCUGGCAUUAUAAGCUGCAGUGCUGAUGGAACACCAAGUCCACAGAUUUCUUGGAGUAAAAAAGGAAGAAAGUCCUUAGACCCGAAGCGAUUCACUCAAGUAUCAAACGACGGCUUGCGUAUUGGUUUUGUAAAGCCUGAAGACGAUGGAACAUUCACUUGUACCAUGAAACAAACUAAAGGAGCGAAGAGGGUCACAAGCAAAGAUAAAGACAUACGAGUGAGAGUUAUAAGUGAGUGACCAAUGAGAUAAUAUAUAGAAAGUCAUAAACUCAGUUCUUUAAAUGUGAUUAAUUUAAUUUACUCAAUUUCAAAACCUUUUCGCUGUUCAUAUUCGCAGCCAUGUGAGGCGACAUUUUAUCGUUUAUAUGUUUGUUGAUUACAGUUGUUUGAAAGUAGGGUAUCAUGUUAAAAGAAAUUAUACUUAGGUUAUUUAUCAACAAUGUAGUUUCCUCGUCAUAACUCAAAGUGAGUGCCCUUUGAUGAAGUUUAUAGUUUCUUUUCAAACUGGUAAUGUGCUUAAAUCGACUUCGGUUGGUCGUGGUGACAAAUUCACUUUCUGAAUGCAGUAUAAUAGUUUGUCUCGCCAUGAAGACAUUGGCUGGAAUCCCACAAAGGCUUCGAUUGGCACACUUUGACCAAAUGUUCAUCCGGAGUCCACUGUUGCAAAGUUAUCCUGUUUUUGUGGUUCUUGUGGUCAGCAUCCAUGUUUCUGGGAUGUCUAUCCCAAUGUCCAAUUUAUGCUGUAACAGGCAAAGUCUUAUGUGGAUGGCCUCUUUUACGCUGCGUUUAUAAUAAUAGGAUCACUAUCAAUAUACUCUACUUCAGUCCAGAGCAGGUGGUUUCCAGGUGUCUUCUGAAACUGCAGAGGCCUUUGUCUUAGCAUGUCGUUUCUCGAUCUGCCAUAUCCCUCGUUUAACCUUACUUCCAUAGGUCUGCCUGUUAUCUAAACUUUGCCGCACUCACAUGGAAUCUUGAAAACCAUGGGCUCUUGUUUUAAAGAUGCAGUGCCAUGGAUGGCGGGUGUGGUGUUACUAUUUGUAACAUCAGUGAAGUGAAUGGAAUGCUUUCGGUUCUUCAAAUGCUGUAGGAAGCUAUCAGCGUUUUCGCGAACCAAGAUUGUGAAUGUGUCUUAUACAUAGCGUUUCCAGAUCCUUCGCUGGUAAGAUGAUAAGGUUAUCGAUUGCUCCUAUAACUCUAUAUGUGGAGAUUAGCAAUAACGGCGGAGACCAGACUCCCCAUGGCCGCGCCUUCUGUCUUACGUAAACUGGUGGUCCGAGAUAAUAGGAGUACGUAGACCUCAAUACGAAGUUCGAAAGGUUCGCGAUCUGACAAACGAUUAUACUUCAUAUUAAGCGCUACUGUCAUCGUCAAAUGUUCAUUUAGUUACGGCGUCUAAUGCGUUCAAUGUAAAUGAUAAAGGAAUACCUCCAAUUUUCCUGUAAUAUGUUAAUUAUUUACCUUUUAGUUCGACCAGAUGUUUAUAUUUCUGGAGCAAGCAAUCUCAUCAUAGAAGGAAGCAGUGUAAACUUGACGUGUGAAGUUGUGGCAGGUCAGCCUGAACCACGGAUCACCUGGCUCAAGAAUAUUACAUUGCAAAGAGAGAGUUCGUCUCUCUUCUUUUCUGAGAUAACAAAGGAGGACGAAGGGCGGUACACUUGUAAGGCAGAGAAUGAAGCAGGCAUUUUUACCAAAGACAUUAAAAUUUCUGUAAAAGGUGUGUUUGUAAAGCUCAACUGUAUUAUAAAUCAAUCAUGCAUUUGAUAUGCCUACGGAAAGCGAAUCAAUAGCCAGUGGGCCUGACUCUAGAUCAAGGUUUCUGGGUCUGAGCUAAGGGUAAGGUAAUUGUAGAAAACUAUCAGAGAAAUUUUAAAAAUGCAAGGGCUUUCAGCUAUCACAGGACGAAAUUGCAAGAAUCCGUAAACGGAAACGUGGCAGAAACAUGUUAAACCGUUCCGGAAACACAACGGAUAACCUGUGUUUCCGUUACCGGUUUCGUGACGUUUUCUCGCGUUUCCGUUGCUGCGUAUACAACGGAACCGGACCACUUUUACGUAAACAUAACGGAAACAUGGAGUUGCAUGUUUCCGCCACGUUUCAGAAAUACGGAAACAUGUGAUUUCGUCCUGUGUAUUAUCUGCAACUGAUUCACCGGUGAGGACCAGGUCCUAGAUGAAUAAUUUUUUCAGAACGCUUCAUUUGUUAUUUAUUGCGAAGAACUGGAAAGUCUCUACAAUUGUUUCUUUGUUCCCGCUAUAACAAUUUGAUGAUAUCAUGGCUAAGUUAGUAAAAUAGCCUGACCGACAUGGUUUUGGAAGGAUUUGUUUGAUAUGGUAAAAAAGUGGCUCGUUGUCUUCUUCUCCUUCUUUUUUAUUGUUAUUUACUAUUGUUUUUUUUUUUUUUUGCGGGUGGGGGAGGGGGGGGUAGGUUGGGUAGCUUCUUAUUUUGUAAUUUGUGUUUACCUGCUUACUUUGCAGUUCCACCCCAUGUUCGUAGUGAGUCUAGAAAUCUCACCAUUGCGUUUGACUACCCAUUUAUUAGAGAGUGUUAUUUCAGAGGUGACCCACAAGUAUCUGUCAACUGGACCAAGGAUGGAGUGCUAAUUAGUAAAAACAACACCUUGGUUAUAAGACAAGCGACGUUUAAAGAUAAAGGCUAUUAUGAAUGUACUGCUAAAAAUGAUUAUGGCGAAGCAAAAGCUUCCUUCUGGAUCGAUGUCACAGGUAAACCCAAAAUUGUAGUUUAUGUCAUUUAUCAAACUUGUAACUCAACAGAGCGUUUGUAUUAAAGUUUAAGCCAAAUUUAAAAACACCAAUUUUUUCCUCUUUUCACCCAUUUCCUGGUCACUUAGAGUUGAUUCUGACUUACAGACACCCAGAUUGUAAAUGAAGAUAAAUCCGUAACCAAAGAAAUAAUUAAAAACACCUCCCGCUAUUAAGGAAUUCCAAAUCCUGUGGUCCACUCUAACAUUUUUAUCCGUGGACGCAUGUUAAAAUACUCAAUUUGGAGACGUCAAAUGACAGAUAUCUUUUUUUUUAUCACAGAAUGCCAAUGUUUUACCUUGUUUUGAUCAUCAUUACCUAAAAACUUUUUCAAAUUCGAUAUAUACUGCUAAAAAAUAAAACUGAAAGUCAUUGAACAUAUAUGUUUUUAACAUCACACUCAACAACCAGAAAGAAAAAAGUGAAGGUUAUUGGCACAACUGGGACAACUUAAGGCUAAACAAUAUCUCUUUAUGCUGAACGCGAAGAAAACCUUUGAAAAUAUAUUUCCAAACAGAUUAAAACUAUUUUUCAGUUAAAGACGAAAAAAAUAUGGGUCACCUGACCCAUCUACAUGAAAAUACUCAAUACUCAAUUUGGAGACGUCAAAUAACAGAUUUCCUUUUUUUUUUUAUCACAGAAUGCAAAUGUUUUACCUUGUUUUGAUCAUCAUUACCUAAAAACUUUUUCAAAUUCAAUAUAUACUGCUAAAAAAAUAAAGCUGAUAGUCAUUAAACAUAUAGGCUUUUAACAUCACACUCAACAACCAGAAAGAUCAAAGUGCUCUGUGAGCAAACUCGGGAAUUGACACAUGAUUUUUUAGAUUAUGUUAUCUGGUUUAGGGAAUUUUGUGGUUGAUUGUCAUAUCUAGAGUGCGAGCAGUAGUUCAGUGUUCGCUAAUGUAGCAAAGAAACAAAGUAUCGUUGGGAUAAGAAGGCAUUACAGUUGAAAUGAUCAUGCUAUUACAUUUGACAAGGGUGGAUGAUGUCAUGUGUUUUAAACGUAUAUCAUUUUUUUUCUGGUUCAAAAGAAAAGGUUGGAAGUAAAUGUGGGUGAAAAGUGAAAUUUACUGCCUAUCACUGUAAAUAUUAGAAAAUCAAGGCAAUACUGUCUUAAUAAAAACAUUAACGAUUCCCUCUUUAUCAAAUGAGACAAACGGGAACGAGUUUUUGAGAGACAGUCUUGGCUUAGUUUGAUAUAACUAAGCCAAGACUGUCACCGUCAUUUUGGAUCUCCGCCUGGGUAGAUUUUAGUCACGUGCUAAGCAACGUAUAAUCAAUAACAAGAUAGAAUUUCAUUUCAGGCCUGUUUAUCAAUUUUGUGGUGUAUAACUUUCGCAUUUUAGUACGUAAAAUGUAUUUUGAAUCUUCAAAUUGUCUUGAAACUUAAAAGAAAAUUGUUCUUUAAAAAUUCACUGAAAAUCGGUAGCUAAAAUUGUUUGUUUAGGUGUUAUUUGAUUUUCGUGUCAACUUGUAAUUUCGUCUGUCGCCGGCACCUUUUGUUGCUUCACACAGGAAAAACACACGAUAAGAAACGUAAUGAUCAAUUUUGUCCUCAACUCACGCCAUAACAGAAAAAGCUUUUGAACAUCUGUAAACUCCGAGCGCUUCGCAGUAAGUGAUAUUUUCAAUGAAUCUUCGGAUUGUUUUCAAGUUCAAGAAUUAUAAAUUACAAUUUUAUGAAAAACGAAGGUUGUCUGUUAUUUCAGUGUGAAUCCUUGCAUGCCUGCCAGUCGCUGGCGCCGCUUGUUAAAGCUAAAACGAGAAAAAAAAAACUCCUUUAAGAUUAUCAUUGGCUUCUUUUUCACCCCACCACUAUUCUUAGCAACAAAGGUCGCCAUUCCAUUUGUUUAUUGCUCGCCAAAAACUAUCAAAUGCACUCAAAAGCCUAAAAUCGAAAAAAAGUUUACAGGAAUCGACCAAUCGAGCGAGCGAGCGAGUGCCAUUCUCCACAUCGUAUCUACAACUCGCUCUUGCGCAUACGCGCAAUUCACGAGUUAAAAAAAUGAAGGUUAUUGGCACAACUGGGACAACUUAAGGCAAAACAAUAUCUUUUUAUUCUGAACGCGAAGAAAACCUUUAUAAAAAAAUUGACCUUGGUUAAAAAUAGACUUGAAUAUCGCGUUUCUUGUUUUGAUUUUGUUGUUGUUGUUGUUUCGUCGUUUUAUCAAAGGUUAGAUAAAUAGGGUUAAAGUGGAUUAUACAAACCUUAUUAAUUUUGGAAUUUUUUUAUUGAAGUAUUUCCACAGAUUAUAAAGCCUCCCCUAAACCAGUCUGUUACUGAGGGAAACUCUGUGAACUUUAGUUGCCGAGCCACAGGUGUGCCAACACCAACAUUAGUCUGGGUUUUUAAUAAUGGUGACCUGCCAUCUGGUAUCAAUCAAUUCAAUCACAAAGGAGAAUCAUUCCUGGAAUUUUUAAGCGUCACAAAAGGGAUGGAGGGGACUUACAAGUGUGAAGCGAAAAAUAAAGCAAAUACAACUAGUUCCUCUGCAACACUGCGUGUAUACGGUAAGUUUAAUGAUAAUGACGAUAAUGAUGACGAUAACGAUAACGAUGACGCUGACUUUGACGAUGACGCCGACGAUAUCCAUGGCGAUGAAGAUGAUGUGACGUCAACGCUGAACUGAUGCUGACGCCAACGCUGAACUGAUGCUGACGAUGAGGGUGACAAAUGUGGACCAGGAUUUUAAUCAGUUGCCUUUUUCUUAACGCAGGAAAAGCCUCUGUUCAAGUUUUUCCAGAUCAGUAUCCAGCAAUCACAGCAGGAGACAACCUCACGUUGACCUGCAACGUCAACGAUGAAACAAUAAAUGUAACUUGGAAAAAAGAUGGAGACUCACCACCUGAAAGAGCAAAGAUUGAUACACGAUUCGAUGACAAAAAGAGUACAUUUGCUGUAACUGAAGUUGUGAAGGAGGACAGUGGUGUGUAUUCUUGCGAGGGACGUAACAAGCUCGGUUUUGUUGACCGUUCCUUUGUAAAAAUAAACAUCAAAGGUAAGCUGGUGUUACUGUUGUGUCCUUAAAAGGCAUAAAACUUUACUAAUUGAAAAAUAUAUUUCCAAACAGAUUAAAACUAUUUUUCAGUUAAAGACGAAACAAAUGUGGGUCACAUGGCCCAUUUGCAUGAAAUUACCUUGCAUCGCUCUGUGAAUUUCAGUUAUUUUGCUUCUAAGAGCAGGUGUCAAUCAAGGGUUAAAGAAUGUGCCAAGCUAUUUCAAAGCUAUUCCAAACAACUUGAAUUUUGUCAGUACUUUUACUACUGUCGAGAUUUGUCUAAUGGCCAUAUAUUUAUCUUACACAAUUAGCGAAGCAAGUGCCACGAGCUAUGCAAAGUUUCAAUACUUUGUGGUAUUACAUUGGUGGAUCAGUGGCGGCAGCGACUGUCAUCUCGCUAAUUGCCUGGUAUUUCUGUAAGCGUCGAAGGACAGGUGACGUUCAUUUUUCUGUGUUAUUUCAGACUUCUUUGUCUGAAAGUAAAAGGAGGAAAUGUUUAAACUUAUUUGACAUGUCUGCUGGGGAACACUGAGCUAAGAGUCUAAGAAUAGAGAUAUUUUUAUAAGAAUUACCCGUGUCCGGCCAAAAAAUGCUAAUUGUAGAGUUUCUUCACAUCUGUGUAUGUUUUGAUAACAAUUAUGAAUUCAGCAAAUAACACGUCACUCCUAAUUUGUGAAAAUUCAAAUUAUCAGUACUGCCAUUACACAGAAAUUUUAUCAGAAUAUUCGAUUUAAUAAAUUAAUGCAAAGUUUUACCUUCUUUAUCCCCUUUAAUUCACCAUUUGGAAUUGCAGCUAUGGCUCUGUAAGUCAACUAUUUUACCUUUUAUUCAUCAAACUCAUCGAAAAAAGAAAAAAAAAAACUACACCAUUACCAUGAUGACGAUAACAAAAAUCAUAUCGCUGUGACUUUACUUUUAUCGUGUUUAUGAUGCAUUAUUAACAUUCAUAAAGUGUUGUUAGAAUCAGCUUCGUUAGUUCCUUUGUUUAAUUUUUUUAUCUCAUUAGUAUCUUCCAUCUAUUUUCAGUCAGAUUAAUUCAUAGAUUUAAUACUUUGAAAAAAAAUUGAAAUGCGCGUAAAAUUUUCUGAUUUUAAAACCAACUGUUUCUUGUUUGAUUUUAACAAACGACGAAGCUAUUGUUCAACUUCAUCCGAUUGACAAAGUGUAUUUAAAUAACAAUAACUACUAAUAUGUUUUAUACUGAUUUAUGCUCCUGGUUUAGUAGAAACAUUGUUUUCUCACUAUCGGGAAGAGAGAUUAUCUCGCCAAUCAAGUUAUCCUGGCAAAUCAAUUUUUUUACCCUCUGAUUUCUCUUUUCUUUAUAUCUCUUUUCUUUUUUUUUGAACCUGAAAGUAUACAAUGUUGAUUUCCUAUAUUUAGUCCUGAUCAAGAGCAGGCAAUUCAGAUGGAGCCAUUGAAUGCAGAGGUAGAUGAGUGGGAGGUUGCGGUUAACCGUGUCCUGCUACAAGAUGUCAUUGGACGAGGGGCGUUCGGAGCCGUGUGGAGAGCUCUCCUGAGUUCACCAAAUGGACAACCUGGAAAUCGGACAGUGGCCGCUAAAUGUUUCACGCGUAAGCCUCCUUAAAUGUGUUCUAUUGAUAAAUAUGUUGAUCUCAGGGGUGGUUAUAAAAAUGUUUUAUUUGGGGAGGGGGUGGGGGAGGGAAGGGGUGGUCCAAAAUUCCUUCCCGACCGACGCACAACCCCCUCUUCUUCACUCAAGGCUACGCGUGGGAAACAAAAAGAGAAGGCGGGGGGAGGAGCAAACAAACAAAGAAGAUAAUAAACCAGUUUGCUGCAAUAAUUCUUGUUUCCAACAAGUAGUGUAAAAGGUCACAAUGUGCAACAUCCCCCCCGGGGGGUGUUGCAAAUACGUUGGUUCCUCCCUCUUGAUCCGCUGCUGAAUCCAGUAGGCUUUUUUUCCCUCCCUUUGGACCUAUUCCCCUUAUUAGUGACUGAUUAUCACGGGUUGAAGGGGGCAGUCUAACAGACUGACUACACGGUGCUUUUCGCUGUCAAAAGACAUUUACCGAACCAAAGUGAAGCAUCUGCAUUGAGAGUAAAACUAAAGAAAGCAAGAACUAUUGAUAGGAUUCAAACCUCAACUGGUUUCGAUUCGGCCUUUAUACUGACAGUCAACUCAGCCGUGGCUGAGGUCAGAGAGUUGGGCAAUCUGCUAGCUGCGAAAAUUAUCAUUCAAACGGUAAUAGAAAGAUGCGAGGUUUGUAACUCUUCCGGAUUCUUUCUGGCUUGAACUUGCGUGGAACAAAUGCAUUAAUCAGAAUGUGUCUUAAUUAAUUUAUACUUUUGUUGUAGCCACUGCUGGAGAGGAGGGAAGAAUAUGUCUGAUGAGGGAAAUUGAGCUGGGGAAACUUAUCGGUGAAAACGUUCCGCCAAACAUUGUAAAGUUCAUGGGCUGUGUUACGAAAGAAAGUAAGUACUGAGCGUACAGCAUCUUGUCUAGGUAUAUGUUAUUAACGAUGGUACAAAUGCUGAAUAAACCCUCUCAGGACCUCUUAACAUGAGUUCCGUAAAUAAAAUGUUAAUGGAACGAAGUUUCUUUUUUUUUUGUGGCAACUAGACUGUUUUUCUCCAAUAGCAUGUAUCCAUCGGCAGUUUACUAAGAUCUCGGUCGGAUAGCCUGAAAUCUCGUUAAAUGGGCUAACCGGCUUUCUCCCUUUAACCUAUGGCAAAUUUUUAAAAGUAAAUUCUGAUGAGGGUUGAUAACGAAAAAUGAGUCCUUCGUGUAGGCUAAACUGCUUAUGAAGAAAGUCAUACGGAAUUUUUUUUUUUAUAUACAGUAAGGAGCCUUGACGUAGGUUUAUUUACUUUUUCUUUUGUUUUACGUCACUUAAGUUCACCCAAUACUCAUCAUGGAGUACAUGCCAUGUGGUGACCUGCUUGGUUACCUGAGAAAAUGCCGAGGGGUGAGGGAUCGGUAUUAUCUUGGUGAGGGAAGAGCCCAGGAUUUGACCAACUACGAUCUUGUGAUGUUUGCCAAACAAAUCGCCGCCGGCAUGGUGUUCCUUGGAACGCGAGGGGUAAGUAGAUUACUUUUCACGUGUCAAUUCUAACUCAGAAAAAUCUUUCAGAGAUUUAAACUUUUAUUUUUCAGUAGCUCGGAUUUUGGCAAACAUAUUUGAGUCCUUUUGAAUUUAGAUAAAACCUCUAAGACCUUUUUUAGCCAUGAUGCUUUUUGUUGACAUUAACAGGUCACAGUAGAUGUCAACAAAAUAAGUCAAAAGACAUGAGAGUAAGGUUCAUAAUUCGGUUGCCGAACUAUGAUUAUCUGGAAUGGUAUAAGAUUAAGCUUAUGCAGCUGUCAAAGAUCGAGUAUGCGCUGAUGCUUCAUUUUUGCCGUUCGAAAGUAGUGUGAACAAUAUAUAUAUAUAUAUAUAUAUAUAUAUAUAUAUAUAAUAUAGGAAGUCUGCAAGUCGAUUUUCGCGUGGACAGUGCUCAAUACGUUGAAGCAGAGCAGAAUAAAUAUUAUGAGAGGAAAAAACGACGCAACUACAUAUCCCAACAAGCCUGUUUCAGGAUAUGUAGUUGCGUCGUUUUUUCCUCUCAUAAUAUUUAUAUACAUAAUAUAUAUAUAUCUGAAAGUUGGACAAAUCAAUAAGACAACUUUUCUCUGACUCUGAGUUUCACGCUUACGCGAUCAUCAGACAAAAAGUGGUGUGAAAAAAAAAAAAAAAUAUAUAUAUAUAUAAUAUACAUAUAUAUAUAUCUGAAAGUUGGACAAAUCCAUAAGACAUAACUUUUCUGUGACUCUGAGUUUCACACUUACGCGAUCAUCAGACAGAUCAAACUCGUAAAGUUAUGUCCUAUUGAUUUGUCUAACUUUCAGAUAUUCCGCGCUUUGCGAACGCAUCGAGCACCAUACCGCAAGGAUAGACUAUAAUCAAGGUUUAUUAUAUAUAUAUAUAUAUAUAUAUAUAUAUAUAUAUAUAUAUGAGGGUUGACCUUAUCACUGAGAAAUAACUUUCUGUGACCCAGAGUUCUAAAAUCUGUCUAAUGUCGCGUAAGCGUGAAACUCAGAGUCACAGAAAAGUUGUCUUAUGGAUUUGUCCAACUUUCAGAUAUAUAUAUAUAUAUAAAUAUUAUAUAUAUAUAUAUAUAUAUAUAUAUAUAUAUUAUUCACACCACUUUUUGUCUGAUGAUCGCGUAAGCGUGAAACUCAGUCAGAGAAAAGUUGUCUUAUUGAUUUGUCCAACUUUCAGAUAUAUAUAUAUAUAUAUAUAUAUAUAUAUUAUGUAUGUAUAUAAGUCUUAUUGAUUAGUUCAACCUUCAGAUAUACCCACGCUCUGCGAACGCAUCGAGCACCAUACCGCAAAGAUAGACUAUGACAAAGAUUUAUAUAUAUAUAUUCAUGUACAAACCUUAUUGCGACACUUAAAAAAAAGGAAUAAAGGGAAAAAUGGAACUCCCUAGAAAUCUGUAAAAGGAAACUAAGGUAAAGAGAGAACCAUCUGUGUUUUUCUUUUUUGGAACACAACGGGUCCUCUGUUGGUUUACCAUUUCUAGAUUUCAUUUUAUUAUCAUAAUUAUUAUGAUUAUUAGCAUAGUUAUUACUGUUAUCAUUAUUACUGUUAUCAUUAUUAUUGUUAUCACUAUCGUUAUUUUCGCUGUUGUAAAAUUUUCUUUUUAAUAAAAAAGUAGAAAUCUUGGUUUUGUCAGCAUUAAAUCAUUAUAUGGGGCCGACUUAGUUUGAGCCCUUUUUUCGUUCGAAUAUACUCAGACGUUUGAUUCGCCGCUGCACUAUAUAAACCUAUCGUUUCUUAGCUUUUAUAUUCUGGCUCCUUAUCUUCUGAUAGAUUAUCCAUCGUGACCUGGCGGCUCGAAACGUUCUCCUUGACAAAAACUAUGUUUGCAAAGUGACGGACUUUGGUAUGGCAUAUCAAAGCUUCAAGUAUGGCCAUGGAAAUGCCAAAAAGGUAGAAAACACUUUUUUGUUGCUUCAGUGCGGGGUUUUUCUGGAAAAAAGUUGUAAGCGUAAGCAUAUUCUCUGCAUAAUGUUAAUGUACCUCGACUACCAACAGGGUUUCAUAGCUCACUUUGAAUUAAAAGAAAGAAACAAAACAAAACAGAGGUAGAAAUAAACAGAAUGAAUACUCUGGCCUGGGCAUCGGGAUAUGUCAAUUUCAUAAACUUUUAUUGUAAAGUCUCGCGAGAGGAGUUACAUUUUUCUGUUUUCCGUGACAGCUUUACAAAGGCUAACAUUAGAUUGACCUAUAAGGGAACCAGAAAUUUAGCUUUCUUUUCUCAUUGAAACAUAUUUACAUUAUGCAGCUUCAUAUUUUUUUAAAGAUGCCUUUGAAAAAAAAAAAGGACAUAAGUUUUGUACGGCAAACGUUUAUUGGUUGUUUCUCCAGGGAUGUUUGCCAAUCAAAUGGACUGCACCAGAGAUUCUGCUGGGAGAACUUGCUGGACUUUCUACCUUGAGUGAUGUGUAUGUAUAGAUAUGUAUAUUAAUCCACCAAACUAACGAAAUGACUAUCUUUGGAUUUUUCUUUAUCAAUUCACGUUCAAAAUUCACUCAGCGAUUAAUUGUAGAAUAUUUCUGAUAUGCUCUUGCCAGGUGGUCCUAUGGAAUCGUUCUGUAUGAGAUAGUUACCCUUGGUAAGCCAAGCUAUGUUCAGUCAAUACAUUUAACGCUUAGAACAGCAAUGCGCAAGCGCUAUAGAAGUGAUGCUAUUUUAAUUACUAUUAUUUUAAUAAAGAUUUGUUUUUACUUACUCCUUGGCCAUUCAUCACUGUAAAAUUCUUUAAGCUAAUUCUUUAGUUCUUACGUAAUGUUCCUUCCUGUAACUUAGUUGUGACACGGUCUCUGUAGAGUUGAUAACUUAAGAAAUGUGACAUGCACUCGUCCUUAUCCUUUGACAGGAGGAAUUCCGUACGACAGAUGGUCAGAAGGCAUGGUGGUUGCAGAGGUCACCAAGGGAUAUCAGAUGCCAAAGCCCGAUCAUGUUGAUAACAAACUGUGAGUUGCACUUUUUUAGCAUAAUACCAACGUGUUCCUAAAAAUAACCUAAGAUCCAAGACGACACAUUUUAACGUUCUCAUUGCUGAAAUCUUUGCAAUAAAGCAACUGAACUACAAUCAUAUCAGUAGGUUUCCGUUAUGUGAAUGUGAACCAGGAGCAUACCGUAUUCAGCGAGAUGCGGCGUGGACAAUUAUGACAUUAAAAUGUAUUUGAAAAACAUUAGAGGAGUGUAGUAGUGCGAUAUGUUCAACGUCCCAGAACAUGCCUAAACCAUUGCCUAUACUAUUUUCAAUAAAAGGACAAACCUUAACCAUUGCCUAUACUAUUUUUAAUCAAAGAUUCCUGUAGGAGGACCUUACUGGUAUUCUUUGCACAAUCCAUAAAAAGGUAGUUAAGAGUAUGCCAUGAUUGUUAAAUUUCAGGUAUGAUAUCAUGAAAAGGUGCUGGAACCGUAACCCUGACUUCCGUCCUCCUUUUGAAAGCCUGCGACAAAGAAUGGACAAAUACAUUCGUGAAGAGGUUUGUUUCUAGAAUUGACAACUUCCCCAUACUUUAUGCUUUUUAAAGACUCGAAAGACCUUGCCCCAUGUGUUGGGAGCAAUACUUGGUAGCUUUGGUUUUAUUUCCGGUCGCUUUAUAAAAGCUUCAGCUGAGACCAUUCAUACUUCUGGUAAGAGACAUUUUCCAGCUCAUCAGGCCAUUUACGGGCAUUUCAACUUGUUGGCUCCUUCUGAUAUUUAUGGCGGUUGUUAUCGUCCUCAGGGCAUAAAUCUGGUCAGUUCUACCCACCUACUUGCAACUUCUCUAUUUUCAGAGGGGAAAUAGGAAACUCACUUAGUAUAUCCGCGACUUUGAACCAAAGAGAUUCUCAGUUCGCCGGGGAAGUGAUCGCACUUUUCAGCUUGACUUUCCAGUGUUUUAGCGCUCUGCAGCUAAUGUAUUACCCUCAUUUGUUACUUUUUUCCUAAGACAUACGUGGAACUUCUUAACUUGGGCGCUUAUGACAAGGCAAAAUACUCCAGGGUUGAAGAUCUCGGAGAUGAACACGCAGGACCAAGUGAGGAAGUUGCAAAGACGGCCUCUGCUAAGAGAUUGGGAAAAUGGGCCAGUGACCGUCGUUAGGGUACAUAAUCGUCACUUCUCAGUGCUAAACUAAGUCAGUGUAGG